AUGCACGAUCCUAAAAUGGAAUCCUACAUGCAAUACACAGUCGAUGUACUUUCACAAGGUUCUUGUGCACUCUUCGUGUCACCUCAUGAAGUGAUAGUGAAAGUAUCACUAUCCGCACGCAUUUUGACUUCGAUAUUUAACUUCAAACAAGCAAAAGAUAACAACGGGAUGCAAAAUAAGGACAAACAUUCGGGUAAAUUGAGGAACACGCCAAAUGCAUGCGGUCAUACCGUCUUCUCGCUAGAAAUAGAACAC